AUGGAAGGAGUGGAAGAUCCAGGUGUGAGUCGCUUUCGCGAAUAUUUACGUAUCAAUACAAUGCAGCCAACCCCAGAUUAUGAUGCCGCACUGGACUUUUUGCGGAAACAAGCAGAGGCAAUAGGGCUUGAAUUCCGUGUCCUGGAGAGUGGGGUCAAAGAUAAGCCAAUAGGACUCAUUACCUGGAAGGGCACACGACCAGAGCUGAAAUCUGUCCUGCUCACCUCUCACAUGGAUGUAGUUCCAGUGUUUGAGGAACAUUGGAAGUACCCACCAUUCAGUGCUCACAAGGAUGAAAAAGGAGAUAUUUUUGCAAGAGGGGCACAGGAUAUGAAAUGUGUCACAUCAUGGUAUCUAGAGGCAAUCAGGCGAUUGAAGACACAAGGCCAGACUUUCUUAAGGACUAUUCAUCUGUUAUUUACCUCAGAUGAAGAAGUUGGCAGUAAACCAUCAGAAUUAUUUUCCCAGUCAAAAGAUUUUCAAAAACUAAAUGUCACAUUUGGUUUAGAUGAAGGUAUAGCAAGUCCCGAUGAGAAAAUGAGAGUGUUUUAUGGGGAGCGUUCCAUCUGGUGGAUAAAGAUCACAUUCAAAGGACAACCUGGCCAUGGUUCACAGUUCAAGAAGAACCCAGAACAAGGUCUAGGCAGCUUCCUCACAGUUAAUAUGACCCAAAUAGAGGGUGGGGUCCAACCUAAUGUUGUCCCAGCUGCUCUGUCAGCAGUGUUUGACAUGAGGAUUCCACCGACUGAAAACUUGGCAGCAUUGAAGAAGAAGAUUAGUCAGUGGUGCCAGGAGGCUGGGGAUGAUGUAAUAACAGAGAUGCUUGUGGACGGCAACAGUUCAGAAACGGUUUCUCUUACUGAUGAGAACCCCUGGUGGAUUGCUUUCCAGUCAGCUUGUAAAGCAGCAAAUGUGGAACUCCAAACUGAAAUAUUUCCUGCUGCAACUGACAGUCGAUAUUUAAGGAAGUCUGGAGCAGAUAUGAUUGGAUUUUCUCCAAUGAACAACACACCAAUCCUGCUACACGAUCACAACGAAUACCUGAAUGAGAAAGUCUUCAUUCGAGGAGUGGACAUCUACUGCAAGAUUAUUUCAGCACUGGCAAAUGUAGAAGUAUAA